GCGCGGCGUCAUGCGCACUGACAACCGCCUCACGUCGUCGAGCGCUGCCAUUCGCGUCGCGUACGUGGAAAAUGUCUAUCCUGCCGUUCUUGCUGGAUCUGGAACGCCCUAGACGCCUCCACGACCAGCACUUCGCGCUCUCAUUGACACCAGAAGAUGUCCUCACAAUUGUCGCCCCGCAACCUUCGCGGGACUACUACCGCCCGUGGCGACAGCUGUCCCAUCUCCUCCGCGAUACCGGCUCCACCAUCAAAGCCGAUAAGGACAAGUUCCAGAUCAACUUAGACGUGCAGCACUUCGCGCCUGAUGAUAUCUCCGUGAAGGUGUCCGACGGCUUCAUCAUCGUCGAGGCUAGUCAUGACGAGAAGCGGGAUGAGCAUGGCUGGGUGUCGAGGAACUUUACCCGACGGUAUGCUUUACCUGAGGGGUGCAAUGUGGAUGUGGUGCAGUCGAAGCUAUCGUCUGAUGGGGUGUUGACGGUCACGGCGCCGCUGAAGCGUCCCCAGGCCACCGAGCGCAUCGUUCCUAUCAUCCAGACUGGACCGGUGAAGACCCAGCUCGACGGCCCCAAGGAGAGUGGCGACGACUCGGGCUCGGCCCCGGUCGAGAACGGCCAGUAGUGCAUCGGCAAGCUGCCAAGCCAGAUUUAGCGAUUGAUUUUAUUCUUGUUUACUGGUCGAUUUAGCUUGUUUUAUUUAAGGCUUUGGCAUCAGCAUUCCAUUAUUGUAAGUUUAUUUAUAUUUGUCAUGUCAUGAAUUAAACGCUCAAGUAUGUUUA